CUCCCUGUUAAUAUCCGGUUCCCCUUCCUCCGUCCCCUCCAACCGCUCUCCAUCCCGCACCCGUCCAGAUCUAGGGUUUCUCGUCCUCUCCCGCCCCUCUUCCCAACGCCGCCAUCUUCUCCUACGCCGCCGCCGGGCCGUCCAAGCCACCAUGUUUGAGCUGAAGAUGGUGAAGGGAAGCACCUUACAGGGUGUCCUGGAGGCGAUCCUCGACCUGGUCAAUGUGGCCAACGUCGACUGCUCCAGCGAGGGCUUCUCGCUCCAGGCCCUGGACACCGAACACGUCGUCUUCCUCUCGCUCUUCUUCCCCUCCGAGGCCUUCCAGUCCUACCGCUGCGACGAAGACCGCUCCAUGGGCAUCGCAAUCGCCGACAUGGUCGAUUUCCUCCGCUCCUCCAACGAUGGUGACAUCAUCACCAUCAAGGCCACCGACCAAAACUUGGAAGACAUUACCAUAACAUUAGAGUCGCCCGACAAGAUUAAAACUAUGGCUAUAGAUUUGCGGCUUGUGGACGCCACAAGCCAAUGCCUCAAAAUCCCGGAUUGGAACGAUAUGGAGUCGGACUACCAGGCCAUUUUCUGCAUGCCCUCUGAGGAGUUUAGGUUGAACUGCAAGUCCCUCAGCGUCAUCGACGACGAUGUUGUCAUCUCGGUGAAUGAGGAGGUCAUCAGCUUCUCUACUAAAGGAGAAAGUGGGUGCGUGAACAUUUCCCAUGUGAUGAACAAAACCGACAAGCCAGAAAAAGCUAGUGUUAUCCUUACACAUGCGCGAGGGCCACUUUCAUUGACCUUGAACUGGAGGUACAUGAAGUCCUGCGCCAAGGUGUCUAAGCUGUUUGAUCAAGUGAAGAUUGGUCUCUCCACCAAGCGACCUUUGAUGGUCGAGUGCCAAAUUGUAGAGAAGGGCUACAUCAGGUAUUUCGUGGCACCACUAAAGGCAGAGGAAGGGAAAACUGAGACCGAAGAGGCAGAGGGAGAGGAAGGGAGGCAAAGGAAGAAAGCAAAAAAAAAUGAUGAAACGGGAAGCAUCUUUAGUACCAUGUUGGAGCUGCGGAUGGUGAAGGCAAAGGGAAGCAUCUUCGAGGAUGUCCUGGAGGCGAUCCUCGACCUGGUCAAUGUGGCCAACGUCAACUGCUCCAGCAAGGGCUUCUCGCUCCAGGCCGUGGACACCGAACAGGUCGUCUUCCUCGCGCUCUUCUUCCCCCCCGAGGUCUUCCAGUCCUACCGCUGCGACAAACACUGCUCCAUGGGCAUCGCAAUCGCCGACAUAGUCAAUUUCCUCCGCGCCUCCAAAGAUGGUGACAUCAUCACCAUCAAGGUCACCGACCAAAACUUUGAAGACAUUACCAUAACAUUCGUGUCGCCCGACAAGACUAAAACUACGGCUAUGAAUUUGCGGCUUGUGGACGACAGAAGCCAUCGCCUCAAAAUCCCGGAUUGGCAGGAUAUGGAGUCGGAGUACCAGGCCAUUUUCUGCAUGCCCUCUAAGGUGUUUAUGUUGAACUGCAAGUCCCUCAGCGUCAUCGACGACGAUGUUGUCAUCAAGGUGAAUGAGAAGGUCAUCAGCUUCUUUACUUCAGGAGAAAGAAGGUGCAUGAACAUUUCCCAUGUGCUGAACAAAACUGACAAGCGUGUUACCCUUACACAUGCGCGAGGGCCAGUUUCAUUGGCCUUGAACCUGAGGUACAUGAAGUCCUGCGCCAAGGUGUCUUCUACCCUGUUUGAUCAAGUGAAGAUCGGUCUCUCCACCACGCUACCUUUGAUGGUCGAGUGCAUAAUUGCAGAGAAGGGCUACAUCAGGUAUUUCGUGGCACCACUAAAGGAAGAGGAAGGGAGGCAAAGGAAGAAAGCAAAAAAAAAAAGAAGAAGAUGAAACGGGAGAUGAGAUGCUGGGCUGAUGAAUAAGCAGGGAUCCGUUGCCUACUAUUGUGUGCAAGCAAAAUUGAGUUCUUGUGUUCAAUUAGCAAUUGAAGUAUGUGUAGUAAGAGUCUGCUCGUGACAACAUCUCUACUUUUAAGUGUCUUCCGUAUUUUGAACAAACGAUGAUGUCUGUACUAAGGUGCAAUGUAUGAACUUAUGAAUGGAGCAAUCUCAUUUGCGAA